AUGGCUCCUCCCAAGAAAGGUCCCUUUAGUGGGCGUCACAUUAUUCCUCAAGUUAAUUUUGAUAACCAUUUUGAUAAGUUUUUUGUUAUUAAACGUAUUUCCGAAAAUAAGGAAACGUUUGAAACCGUUUCACCAUUUUUAGUACAAAAGGCUAUCGCUGCAACCGUUGGUUACAUCACCUCUAUUCGGAAGAUGCGUUCUGGUGACUUGCUUGUCGAGGUAAAUUCCCGAAAGCAAGCCCAGCAAAUUCAAAAAUUGAAAGCGUUAUCUACAAUACCUGUCAGUGUCAGCCCUCACCACUCGCUAAAUAUAUGUAAGGGUGUCAUAACUUGUGGUGAAAUACUGAAUCUUCCUGUAAACUUAAUUACAAAGGAAUUGAAGUCUCAAGGUGUCACAGAUGUCCGCCGUAUUACCAUCCGGAGAGAUGGCAAUAUAAUUGAGACAAAACACCAUAUCUUAACUUUUAAGUCUCCAAAAUUACCUGAAUUUAUAUAUGUGGGAUAUAUAAGGCGACCUGUCAGACCAUACAUACCUAAUCCCCUGAGAUGUUUUAAUUCCCAGCGUUUUGGCCACUUGAAGGCGAACUGCCGCGGGACCCUCACUUGCGCCCGCUGUGCAGGAAAAGAACAUGAUAGCCAGCAGUGUACCGCCCAAGAAAAGUGCGUGAACUGCGGGGGAAAUCAUACAUUCUUCUCUCGAUCGUGUGAACGUUGGAUUUUAGAAAAGAAAAUAACAACAAUUAAAAUCAAGGAAAACAUCUCAUAUCCCGAGGCUAGGCGAAAAAUCUCAAUACAAACGCCUACGUCUGGUGUAAGUUAUGCGUUUGCUGUCCAAAAAUCCUUUUGUGCAAAUUGUACAUGUCCCAGUUGUACGAAAUCUGUCAAAGCAGGAAAGAAAACCUCUGAAUCGGAUACAGAACAAUCCAUAAACAGUGCUUCUGACACUGACAAACAAGUAAACCCCAAACCAAAUCUAGAUCUAAGCCAAUGA